CCUGGCCUGAGGGCAGGCACAGGCAGACAGACCAAUCCAUGACCUAUUCACGAUCCUGCCAAUCCAGCAAAAGAUUUUCUAACGCUCAUUAUGACCGAGGAUCUCUCGAACAAGCUGGACCAUUUGAACGCAAUCGAAUACUACUCUGACGCCACCCCUUUAUUCACAAAAGGCGAGGGGGAUGUGAAUGAAGUGUUUUCGGAAAGGCCCCAAUUUGUUAAAACACAGAUUCGAUCCCUUUUGCGCCUCUUAGGAUCUGAACAACUUCGAAUUCGCAUCAACCAUAUUCAAAUUCAAAAUUUCCCCCUCUACUUUUUCCGCAAGGACGUCCACGGUCAUUUUGCUCAAACGCGAAGCCUUGAUCUCCAUUUUAACAGUUCGGGGUUCUGUUUGGGUUCUCUUCCAACGCAAGCGAUUGGUGAUACCAAAAAGCUGGAGGUUCUCCGACUCGACUUCACGCACGGCUCGUCGUUACUGUCAGGGCGUAACCCCGUUUAUGAAGUUCUUCGGGUUCCCCAGCCGCCUCAGUGGCCCGCGUUACGAAGGCUCCACCUGACAGACGUCCAAAUUCAGGGAUUGGCCUCUGUCCUCACUCCAUAUAAGUCACUCAAAUAUCUCUACAUUGGCAACGUCUUUUGCGACAGGACUACUUGGGCAGAUGAGCUCGUCGGCCUCCAAAGUCUUGCCCUGCGCGACUUCGUCGUGACGGGUGCUGUACACGAGCGGGAUCAUCAGGGUUCAAAAAGGACGAAGGCAUUUCCCCCACCUAAUGCGCGGAUGGCGCAGCAACUCCGAGAUCUGGUAUGCGAUGGCAACUCCGGCCAAUCAUUAGAGUGGUUGUACGAACAUGUGGAGGUCUUGCAGAAAAGGAGGAAUGGCGCGAGCCACUCCUGAGCUCCCUGGCGGCGUCCAUAUCGCAGCGUGGUUGGCCGGAGUAGUCAUUGUUUGACGAGGCAACGCUAGGUUGGACUGUCUACGCGCUGAGGACAUGAUUUCGAAGAGAUGUGGUGUAGUUGAGGGACAGGUUCUGUCAAUAAGUUCUGUAGAAAAGCCAAGGUCUAAGAGAUGCAU